AGUCUUAAAUACCGUAACUAUGUGUUGGUAAUUAAAUAAUUUUUUGAUAAAAAAACAAGUGAAUUUAUUACAAUUUUUAUAUUACCAAAUUGAAAGGUACGCCCAUUAAAAACAUCAACAAGUCUGGUUAUCAUUUCUCAUGCUAUUUGUGAUUUCAUUAGACAUUGCCACUCUAUUUAGUUCUCUGCUUAUUUCAGUUGUCCUUUCUGAUUGUGUUUAAUUUUUAUUCAGUGCGUAACUAAAUAAUUAGUUUUUUGUGAAUAUUGUGUCUACACUUAUUGUGAAUCAAGUCAUGAAAAAAACUACAGUUUCAGACCAUGAGCAAAUGUUGAAAGCCAUUCAAACUGCUUCCGAUUGUGAAAAAAUAUGGCUUCUAUUUACUGGUAAAAGAGAUGCUUCUGGUAAGAGUUGGUGUCCAGAUUGUGAUAAGGCUGAGCCAGUGAUUAGCCAAUGUAUACAAGACUAUGAAAAGUCUCAUGGUGGCGCGGAUAAUGUUGCUCUUAUUACUAUAGAGAUUCCUCGUGAUGAGCAUAAAAAUUUACAAAAUUAUUAUCGAACUCAUAAAGACAUACAAUUGAAAUGUGUUCCAACUUUGAUGUUACAUGGCCAGCUCAAUAUGCGAUUGGCAGAGGACAAUCUAACGGACCCAGAUUUGAUCAAGGAACUAUUGGAGCAAUGAACUUUACAACACGGUCAAAACAAUUUGGAUUGAAUUUUUAUCAGUUUUAUUUACAAAGUGAGAUUUGAUCAAUAAAAAGAAACGUAUUUGAACAAUCUGAA